AUGUCAAGAGAUGACUGCGAGCUCGAGAUAUCAGACAAGGUGCUUCAUCUGAUAGUACAUACACCACCGCCAGGCGGAGAGUAUGGCGGCCCGUUUGAACUGGGACACAAGCUUGAAGGCGACGAUGCAGGCGAAGAUGAGGUCGCUGAUCCAGAGCUUGAUGCUCCACUAAGGGCCGAGGAUGGGCUGCUGGUUGACGGUGUUGUUGAUCCGGAAGCGUUCAAAGAUGGCGAGAUAGAGAUUGUCUUUGAGGUCGUAAUCGAGGCCGACGUAGGAGACGAAUUCGUGACCACCGAGCUAGUGACCGACCCAGGCGCUGAAAUUGAGUUGGAAAUCGGAGACGACGAGCCGCUCAAUCUCAGAUUGCCUGAGCUUACGCUAGGCUGGGAGCUUGAGCUCAGCUGGCGCGACGUCGGAGAUAGCGUUGAAACCAUCGACGGGCUGGAGAUGCCACUGAGCGUUGAUAACGAGAGUCCUAGUCCACUUAUUGAGCUGGGAGAUGAUGCAGACGAUGUAGUUGUUACAGAUAGCGGGCCUGAGGAGGUUGGAGUAGGCAAUGCUGAAGUUGUUCGAGAGGAGCCGGAUAAAUUAUUCGAUGUAGUGGAUGGGACUGAGUUCAUGGAUGGGCUAGAUUCGCUACUUGGAGGGGAAGAGACACCUUUCCCACCGAAUGAGCUGGGUGGAGCUGAAAUUAAUCUAGAGGAGGUGGAUGAAGUAUUCGAGGUAACGGAUGAUACUGAAAUGAUUGAUAGACUGGAACCGCUACUAGUCGGAGGGGUAGAAACUUCUUUUCCACUGAACGAGCUGGGUGAAGACGAAGUCGAUCCGGAGGAACUGGAUGAAGUACUUGACAGGACUGAAUCUGUAGAUGAGCUAGAGCUGCUACUAGGUGGGGGAGAAGAAAUGUCUUUUCCACUGAACGAGCUUGGUGAGGGCGAAGCUAUGGGUGAGAUGGAGCUACUACUAGGCGGAGGUGAAGAGACGCCUUUUCCACUAAAGGAGGUGGGCGAAGGCGAAACCGCUAAAGAUGAGCCAGAGCUGCUACCGGGAGGAGAAGAACCCCCAUUUCCACUGGAACUGAAGAAGCUGGGAGAAGCUGGCGAUGUCGAAACUGGCGAAGAGAACGCGCUGGAGGACGCGGUCCCAGACGGACUGCUACUCGAUGCCCCUGAUGAUGAUACCGGACCCGGAGAAGAGGGCGCACUUGAGAGCGAACUUAAAGAUAGACUGCUGCUCGACCCUCCAGACGGUGAUACCGAAGCCGGAGAAGAAAUUACGCUUGAGAACGAGCUUCCAGAAAGACUACUGCUCGUUCCGAGAGACGAUGAUGUCGGAGACGGCGAAGAGGCCGAGCUUGGAGAGAUUGCCACUGAAAGGGUAGUGGGAGUAGUCGUUGGAACUGAUGAUGGGGAUCCUGAGACGCUGCCUGAAGUCGUUGCGGAUACAGAAGCGGGACUAGUGCCGCUAGUUGUUCCGAGAUUCAAUGACGUUGGAGACGGCGAAGAGGCCGCGCUUGAAGAGAUUACCACCGAAAAGGUAGUAGGAAUAGUCGUUGGGACUGACAACGGAGACUCCGAUGCGCUACCGUUCGAUGAUGGUGAUCCCGAAGAAGCAGUAGACGAUAAGACGGAGGAGCCGGCAGUGAAACUCGUACUAGAGGCGUUACUGAAGAUUCCCGAUACUGAAAUUGAUACUGAAGAAGAGGAACCGGUACUGGCACUCGUAAAAGAAAAAUUGCUAAGGGUCUCCGACACCGUAAUUGAUAUUGACGAAGAGCUCGAAGGAAGUAGAUAUGCUACGCAUGUUCCUGGGGCGGACACCAAUUCCGGCUGUACAUCGAGGACGAUGAAGAAGCACUGUGAUGAAAUACCGGUACUCGGUUGUGUAGCCGCUGAUGAAGAGAGUGUUACACCGGACAGACUGCUGGACGCUCCGUGUGUUGAUGUUGGAGAUGACGUAGAUAUAUUCUGUGAGAAACUGCUUGUUGCUGAUGUAAUGCUUGGCGAUGAAACACCUGUACUCGAUCCAGUGCUUGCUAAGGAAGAAAUUGUAGUAUUUGACGAGUUGCUAGGUCCUCCAGACGUCAAGGUGGGCUCUGAUACGAUAUUGGUCGUACUAGUCAAAGUAAGUGACGAGAGCGCUGAGGAGUUGCCAGUAUUCGACGCGGUACUCAGAGAUGGGCCACUACUGGAAGAGGAAUUUCCUGGGCUAGAGGUAGAACUCGGUGCUGAGAUAGUACCGCCGAAUGACGAAGAUGCGGUAGAUGAUUGGCUACUUGGGGACGAGAGAGAAGCUUCGGAAGAGCCCAUAGUUGAGCUUGGCGCGGCGUUUAGAGAAGAGCUAUUGCUGGACGGUGAAGAUCCUGGACCCGAUAGACUGCUUGAUGAUGAAGUACUGAGAGAUUCAAAGGCCGAAGCUGCUGGAGAAAGCGUCUCCGAAGUAGUUACCCCAGAGGAGUUAGAGGAGCCAGAGAAAAAUUAUGAGGCUGGAACUAGACGGCGUAGAGCUUGGCGGCGACUGGAAGAAAGCACGCUGAACGACCCUGGAGAGCUAGUGGGUGGUAUAAUCAACGAAGGCGAGCUAGGGGCUGUCGAGAGGCUGCCAGUGAUGGAGAAGUUGCUACUCACUCCGGUCAUCGAAGAUGAAGAACUUAUUGAUGAAUUACCCAUCGUAGUGGUAAAAGAUGGCAAAGAUGCUGAUUGGGAGACGCCGUUGGUGCUGCUAGAAACCGUGAGAGUAAGAUUGGUUCCAGAAGUAGAUAGAGAUAGGCUCGGGGAAAAGGGGCUUAACGCAGAAGAACUCGAGGGAAGACGGCCAGCCCACGCUGCAGGCGACGAAGUGAAAGCGAGCGCGCUUGAAGUAGUAGCUGUCCCUGACAGUCCUCUAGUGGUGUUUGUGGUAGUCGGCGAUGAGAUACCUGAGCUUGAGCCGGCCGUCAAGCUUGACGACGACGUUGUGGCGGAUGGACUACUGCUGACUGAUAGUAUACUUUGUGUGCUGUUUAGGAGUAUUGAACUGACUAUCGAAGACGCAUUAGACGAUGGUGAUACCACGGCAGUCUCGAUGACGACGGAUGCCGAAGUAAUUGAGACACUACUUUCCGAGCUGCUCAAAAGUGGAGAAAUGACUAUCCAAGAGACACUAGACGAUGGCAAUACCGUGGGACUUUCACUAACGGAAACCGAAGUGUUUGAGGCACUUUCUGAGCUGCUCAAGAGCGGUGAACUAGCCGACGAGGAUACGAUGGACGACGUGGGCACCACGCUGCUCUCACUCAGAACGGGUGCCGAAGUGACCGAGAUGUUCUGUGGGCUGCUCGACAGCGGCGAACUGACUGUCGAGAACACGCUGGACGAUAGUGAUGCCGUGGAACUCUCGCCGACAGCGCACUCCGAAGUGACCGAGGCGCUUUGUGUGCUGCUCAAAAUUGGGGAGCUGGCCAAGGGCACGCUCGACGAUAGUGAUACCACGCUGCUGUUAUUGACAACGGGCGUAGAAGUGAGCGAGAUACUUUCCGAGUUCGAGGGUGCAAGUGAGCUGGCAAGCGAGCUUGAAGAAGAAGUCAACGAACGCGAAACCCAAACCGCAGCACAUGUGCCAGGAGAAUUGAUAGAUACGGAGCCGGAAAUUGUAUCGCCUGAGGAGACCAGAUUACUACCAUCUUCCACUCCACAGCACAUUGCUGCAGAUGGAGUAGAAGAUAUUGAGCUAAUUGUUGUGCUUCCUGAGAGGUUGCUUGUACUAGCGGAUGUUCCGGAAAUACUCAGUUCUAAAGAAGACUCGAUUGACGACGAUGGUUCGAUUGACGACGUUUCAGUCGACGGCGAGACACUUGAUGCUCCGCUCGAGGGUGUAUUGGAUAAUGACGCCGAUCCUGACGACGGCACCACGCUGCUCUCUACAGAUACAGAUCCCAAAGUAGACGAAACAUUCUCUGAACUAGAGAAAGCAGUGGAGGUGACCGUCAAGCUUGCCGAAGAAGAUAAGGAGCUCGGGAGUCGUACAGCUGCACAUGAAUCAGGGUAUUCGAAAGUUCCCAAUGGCGAUCCGGGGAUAAACCACGCUUCAUCACAAGUGCUAAGGUCUUCACAUGAACCCACACAAUCUGCGAAUGACGGGGCAACGGUAGUGUUGUACUACGCAAGCGUACCGCCUUCCGCCACUCCACAGCAUGUCGCUACAUAUGAGGUUGAAGAGGAUGAAGGACAAGAACUGGCAUUUUCUACGGAAGAAGAAAAGGUUGAAGACGUCACGGAUGACGAUGAAAUGGAGAUAUUUAGGCUACUGCCCGUGGUCGAUGAAUCUGUUGCGGUGGCUGCUAUAGUAGAGCUUGAUAUCGACGGUCCGGGAGAAGCGAAACUUGAUGUGGAGAGUGAAUACUUGAUGUCUCAGAAGCGGAGUACGGAGAAGAUAGUGAUGAUGACGGUACCAGGCUCACGGAACUCGAUUCUGAGGAUACUGCAACGCUCGAAUUGCUCGGGAGGGAUACCGUCGGUUCGGAUGACUGGAUCAGACUUUGAAGGGCUCGAAGUCACAGUGUCGAUACUCGAAGCCGCCGAAGACGACGUCAAAGACUCUGACAAUGUCUCCGAAAGAGAAGUCGAAAGUAGGCCGCUGCUCGACUCGACGGAAGAUGGCGGGGGGUUUAAGGAACUAUAACUUGUCGAUUCCGCUGACGAUGUCAGAGAUUGUAAUAAUGACCCCGAGAGAGAAGUAGAAAGUGAACCAGUGCUCGACGCGACUGAAGAUGGCAGGGAAUU